AUGGCAUUAAAAUCUGUCAGCCAAGCAAGGCUCGUCUUAUUCCUCGUGGUGGCCGUCACAUGCUUCUUCAUGAUCUACACCUUCUAUCAGCGCCCCAUUGACGGCGUCCCAACAAAGGCCACCUGGGGCUGGAAAACCACCGAACCGGUACCCGACCCCUCCGCCCCCCGCCCCUCCUUCCGCGACCUCGCCCUCCAGUACGGAAGCCACAAGGCCACCAUCCACAAAUACCACUUCAUGUACGAGAAAUACCUGCCCAACAUCCGCGACCGCCCCACCAAGCUCCUCGAGAUCGGCCUCGGCUGCGAGUCCUACUCCCGCAACCCCCCCGGCGGCGACAGCUCGGGCGCCGCCGCCCACGACCUCGCCGGCGUGGGCGCCAGCUACCACACCUUCGUCGCCUACUUCCCGCGGCUCUCCCUCACCUACAUCGAGCGCGACAGCGACUGCGCGCGCGACUUCUUCCGCACCCACGACAAGGCCGCCGUCUUCGUCGGCGACCAGGGCGACGAGGCCUUCCUCGACCGCUUCAGCGCCGAGAGCACCGUCCACGGCCUCUUCGACGUCGUCAUUGACGACGGGGCCGGGACGGAUGCCUUGCAGGAGAAGAGCCUGCGGGACCUGUGGCGCGUCGUUCGCCCGGGCGGCGUCUACUUCGUCGAGGGUGUUCGCAGCCGGAAUGAUCGCUCUGCGGUGGGUGAGGGCCAGCGCCCUUUCGGGGACUUUGUUCAAGAACUUCUUUGGGAAGACGUCAUGCUCUCGGAUGGGGAACUGAGGAGCAUCGACUGUAUGGAGGGCAUAUGCGCAUUCUUCAAGAAGGAAGAGGGUAUGCCAUAGGGGCCCCGCUUCACCCUAUUCUACCUUUUUUUCCUUCCUUUUUUCUCUCGAGGAUGUUGGGUCCGGAGUUGAGGUUUAUACCAGCUUGCAUUGAGGGGUGUUUUGCGGGGCGGGGGGCCCUUUUUCCCCCAUUCGAUGAAGAAAGGGGAAAUUACCUGGCGUUACAGGGAGUCUUGGAUUGGCAUGUGGGCAGACGGGUCUGCCUGGAUGGCGUUCUUAUGCAACUGUCUUUUAGAGAUGUGGUUUCGCCAUACUUACGAUACAAAUGUCCAGUGACGGUUUUUUUUCCGUUCCUCCAUAUCGGAAUUCUCCCGAACCAACGAUGGAAGAGUCGGCCCUGAUAAUUUGCCCGGGGGACG